UUAAGAUGGUUGACGGGAGCAAUAGAGUCAUAAAGCUCACAAGUAAGGCGAGUGAAGCCUGCAAAUGACCCAGAAUAGUUCCACUUCCUCCCUCUCCAGACAUGCUUUGCCUAGAAACUGCAAUAUUAAUGAGACCAAGCCCCAGAUCGUUCCAGAGAUCUGCAAUAAAUGGGCUGCAGACAGAUGGACUUUAAAACUUGUUUCCUUGCUGCUGUUCUUUUUGCCCAUAGAAUUUCCUUUCCCAACAUGGGUGUAUGGGAAGGAAGGGGCUGCACUGAGCCCAAAAAUCCUGCUGUCAAGUUCACUCGCUUCCAGGAUCUCCUCUCUGCUGUCUCUCUCGAAACCAAAAUCCUGCUGUGGCUGAAGACUUGGAUGUUUAGCUUGAACAUACACGGCGCUCUUCAAAGGAUCCCCAAAAUGCAUCUGAUGAAGUGAGCUGUAGCUCACAAAAGCUUAUGCUCAAAUAAAUUAGUCUCUAAGGUGCCACAAGUCCUCCUUUUCUUUUUGCGAAUACAGACUAACACGGCUGCUACUCUGAAACCUGUCAAAAUCUUACUGUAAUUAAACCUCCCCCUAUACUCCUCCUUGUGCUAGGCCAGUCUCUCGUGUCACUUUGGGACAUGUAAGACUUGCCAAGGUCACGCAGCAGGCUCUCUGCACUCUGAGUGCAAUUGACUUGAUCACUGCACCCAACUUAAUUUCCUAUUGAGAUCCUGCCACCUGUAAGAAACUGGCUUAGGGAAGCGAUGACUCCUGUUUCUUAGAGGGCUCAGGGUGAGCCGAGCCAGUGACAAGUUGCCUUUUGCUUACCUGAAGCACUUGCCUAGAGCUGCGUAGUUGUUCGGCACUGCCCUGGCACCCACUGGUGACCACAAACCUUGCCCUGUAUCAGCUGCUUGUUCAAGUCUGCAGGGUUCUGUAGCAGAAUUUAAUGGGACUUGCAAGAAAGCUUCAUUGUAUGACAGGAAAUGAAAAUGACUUCAAUGGUUCUUCAAGUCAUCAAACUGACUCUUCAGGAAAUUAAAAGUAAAGACCAGCCCUGUGUUGUCCGCACUCAGCAGCUUCCAACACACACAAUCAGGAGCGGAGGAUGAAGCAUUAGUCUUAAUGCGAGGUUGUGCAGUUUUGUGGCACACUGAUCCUGUGAGGGGCUGAGUAGCUUAGCUGCAGGCUUGUCUGAUGUAGCACUUCAGUGUAGACACUACCUACACUGAUGGGAGAGGCUCUUCCCGAGAGGCCGUAGCUUGGUCGACGGACGAAUUCUCCUGUUGACCUAGCGCUGUCUAUAUGAGGACUUAGGUCUGUUUAACUAUGCUGCUCAGGGGUGUGGAUUUUUCACAUCCCUGACUGAUGCAGUUAAACCGACCUCACUUUCUACUGUAGACCAGGCUUUUGACUCCAGUUUAAGUUUUAGUGGUAGGUGUUGAGAAUGCUCAGUAUCUCUCAGGAGUGGGUAUUCUUGCAUUCUAAUGGGUGUGGGUGUUUGCUUUCAGAUGUAGCAGCCAGUUGAAACUUGUUACCUGCCAGGGCUUGUUUGGACAUGUAGGAACUUGACUGACUCACAAUGAUGUCAUUCCACUGAACUGUUUACAAGGGUGUGAACUGUCAGGCGAUAUGAAGGUUGAGUUCUAUUUUUAAUCUCUUAGCCUCUUCCUCUCUGGGUGAAAAGGCAAGAACAGGACAAGCUGGAUCAAUAGAAUAUUAUAGGCACUGAGGCCAUUAAAGGUUAAGGUUCAAGAUAUACAAGCCAAAUGUGGCCUUUAGGCUCUGUGGUGACUAAAUGUCUUCCAGACUAAUAGCAUAAAGGCUAAAUUGUUGCUGCCAAAGGACAGUGUGAGGGCCAAGAUGAGCAAACAGUUCACGGCUAAUUAAAGCAGUGAAAAUAACUUUUUUCCCCCUUGCAUUACUGGAAUCAAAUUCAUUUUGAGUUGAACCCAAAACAUUGUUGGUUUUUUGUUGGCAUAUAACAGUAAAGAGAACCUCAAACUCUGUGUUCAGAUUUUCAUAAUCCUUUUUUCAAACUAUUUAUUAAAAUUGUCAAAUUCCUGAAUUGUUUUGGUUGAUGCAAAUCUGCAUUAUUAUUUUAAAAAAAAUUUUUUUUCUGGCAUAAAGCUUUGGUGAAAAUUUUGCCCCGUUUGACUGCUAAUAACUUACUUGGCUCUAGCUUUCUGCUCAUGGGCCUAUUGUGACUGCCCUCUGUCCAUUGUGGGGUGGAUGUUUUGUACUGAGCAUCCUCUGUUCCUGCUGCAGUCAGUAGAAGCUUCCCAUCAGACUCUAUGGGAAUAAAUUCAUGGGCUCAAACUUGGAUGAAUGCUUUUUAAAAUAUCACUGUGCCCUUUAAAACAAGUCUCCUUACAUAAUUACAAGCUGAAAAGGGAUUCCUUUAUAAUCCUGCACGUCCACAUCAGCAGGAGGGUGGGAGGUUAGAACCCUUUUGGGAUUUUCAUUAGCAAUUGGCAACUUUCUUUACCACUUAGGUGCAUCUCCUGUUUAUAGACCUCAAGUGUGGCUGCUCUUUGCCUCCAUCUGCAAAGCAGGAUCUUUAUCGGCGGUUAUCCAAGAGGUUUACCGAUAAGGGAUUACCAAAAUGGACAAGCUUGUAAUUUGUUCUAUGCAGCUUGUUCAAAGCAUAGUUCCUUGCUGCUAUGUUCUACUACUUGGAUUUAAGAAAUUCACCUAAUAUUUCCUGUUGGCUUUGCCAUCUGCUCACACAUGAAUCUGUCUCAUGCAAACUUGAAUUCAGAUCCAAUUCUGAUUUUAAAUAUCCUCCAAGUUGAGAUCCAGUCUUGUUGUAGCAGUGUCAGUCCCAGGGUAUUAGAGAUAGAAGGUGGGUGAGGUAAUAUCUCUUAUUGGACCACAGGGCUGACAGCAGGGUUUGAACCUACGACUUUGAGCACUAGAUGGAUCAGCCCUUACCACUUGAGCUCAAGGAUUAAGUCCUAUAGCUGGGAAGCUGUAGCAGAUUCAAUCCCCAUGUAAACCAGACACUAGAGGGAGACAAGUGCUUGACCCUUGCAUGGAUUACAUUACAGUACAUAGAUUACAUGGAUUACAUGAUUGCUCAGCGCUGCAUGGCGGGGAUGGUCCCAGGAGAUGCCUGAUCCCAUGGACCUCUGUGAUCAUUUACUAAUUCACUUAGUAGCCUAACUUUGAUCACUUGCGCUGCAGCUUAGUAACCAUAUGUUGCUCAUUUUCCUUCCAGCUGGAAACAUGCCUCUGUCACAGAGUAACAUGCAUCAGGCCCCCUGCAACAGGAAGAUCUGCCGAAACCUCUUUGGCCCGGUGGAUCAUGAGCAGCUCCAGAAUGACUUACAGGACUUGAUGAGGAGACAUCUGGAAGAAGCUCAACACAGGUGGAAUUUUGACUUUGAGACGGAAACACCGCUGGAAGGCAAGCUCAAGUGGGAGAGAGUCCUCUAUCCUGACAUGUCUCCUGCUUGCCUGCCUUCUCAGGACCCAAGCCACUCCAAAGGGAAUGGUGGAGAGAAGAACCAGAGCUCUCCAGCACGUAAGAUUUCUACAAAGGAUCUUAACGUGGCCCUCUCAAGUGAAGCAGUACAGACGGGCUCUGAGUCCCGCAAGACCAGCCCCCCACGGCACCUGAAACGCAAGCAGACCAGCAUAAAAGAUUUCUACAGUUCGAAGCGGAGGAUUGUCCCUUGCAAGCCAAAUCCGUGAUGCUACAGCACAAGUUGUUCUGUUUCUGUGUGCCUCUUGGCUGGGGCACAGUCAUCAGGAUGUGUCUUCAACUACUAACCCUACUGGUCCUCUGCAGCCCUCUAGGAAGACCGUUUCUAUUGAAGUCUGUGGAAGGGCUGCCUUAGGGGCUGAAUGAAGUCUGUGUAAGGACUUAGCGGCAGGAAGACUUAGUUAGAAGCCUCCCUCUGCAUUGUACUGUAUAAGCUGCCUACUGGAUCUGUCUAUUAUGAAGUGAUGCAGAGUUUAGUGUCGUAUUUAUGAAUAGGGCUAGGUGUCUAAGGACCCACUUGUGUGCAAUGUGUAUUGUGAAGGCUUUAUUUAAAAUAGAUGUGGAAUAUUUGAUUACCUCCUUUCGUAGGCCUUGGAGAAGAGGGAAUGAUAAAUGCUGAAAAUUGAGCCUUCAGAACAGGCCAGUGUGACACUCAACAAGGAGGGGUAGGAAUGAGAGUGGUAAGUCUCAACCCCCCUGACCAGCUACACCUUGCCCUCAGGACCACAGGGUAAAAGGGGUGGGUGGAGGAGAGAUGGGCCUAGAUCCUAAGCUGCUGUAAAGAGUGUUUUACUUUCACUGAAGUAAAGUGUAAAAGAGCAUAGCUCCCCAGCUGAGGCUCUGGCCCAUGGCAACUGGUCCUCAUGGCCACGGGAUGCUUAUGUACAUGCUCUUCUAAAGCCUCACUCCUGCUCCUGGGCAGCAUCAACACUCUCCAUCUGCCUGGGCAGGAGUUAGCUGUGAGUGCAGUGGGCCUGCACUGGUAGAAGGGUAUCUGUCUCAAGCUGGGGCUCUGCUUCCUGAAAAGGAAUGCUUAAGGUGGGGGUGGGAAAGGAGAUGUGUGUUGCCCAUAAAACAAGCAUCCUUGACUGCAGGGCCUACCUGAAUGAGCAGGGAGUGGAUGCUUAGCUGGGUAACCGGAUGGCGCAUCCAGCUUUCUCCCUGACUAGCUCAGAUCAAGUUCUGCUUGGUGUUUAAACUUUGCCCUCUGCUUGCUGACUUGAGGAACGGAAUAAUUUGUAGCUCCAUUCCUUGGGCCGUUCUUCUGCAUUACAGGGAGGCUGGCAGUAGGAGAUGGGGAUUGAGGAUUGUGGGGGAGGGGGGCGGAUUCUGGCAGGGUUAGACAUCUCCUCUGCUAAUACCUGCCAGUCCUGUUCACUACUUGUAAAGCUGCUUGAUGCACCCUUGAGUGGAAACAGACUACUGAUGCCACCUGGUUGUGCCCAGGCCCAAAUGCUGCACUGGCAGAUUUCAGCACUAGCCUGAGAGCAGAAUUUGUCUAAGACUCACCUUUAGUUCCCCCUGCUCUUGUCAGAAUACACCACUAGCUCCUGCCACUAGGCUCUUGCAGGGUGUGUUCUGUGUGGGAUCCAUCUACUCAGCAGUUGCUAGACUUUGUGAUUGCUACAGUAGAAUUGUAGCACCACUCUACAGCAGGGCUAAUUCCCUUCCCACUUCGCCCUCCAGAAGGAGGUUUAGCUGCUGGUCUCCCUCAUUAUGUGGUGGUUCAUGUCAUGGCUUCAGCAGUUCUAGCUCUGUAGUUAGACUCACUGCAUGUCGUCCUCUUGUGUUAGGGGCCAGAUUCUCGUGGCUCCUGCUGCUGGUUUUCAUGGCCGGUUUGUCUGUCCACAAAGGCUGCAAUCUCUGUUCGAAAUGGUCUCGAGAAACAUCAGAUUCUUAGGCACUUUCUCUCAGUGAUGGGUUCAUCCCCUCUGCUAAUGGAGUUGGACUUCUAACCCUGGACAGAACAGAUCCCUUCACACCCCCACUCCUUGCUGCACUUUGCGUUCAGGGUAACGCCAGCAAACUUUCAGCACUAAUACUUGUAUCUGUAAAUAAAAUGCUGCUGCAUCUAUUGGAAAAAUCUAGUUUAAAAAUGUAACUUUAUUAUGAAUAAACACUAUGUAUAAAUGA